AGGAAUCAGAUCCCAAUCAUUCAUUUUCCGUCUCCAGACUUCUUCCCCACCAUAAAAAAACAAGAAAAGAAAGCAAAACACCCUCCAAAAAUCUCCCACCACCUUCUUGCUAUCUCCUGUUUGAGCAUGAGCGUGAGCGUGUGAGCAAACAGUUGCAAAGGUUGUCCCUUUUGCUCUCCCCUGUGUUCUGGUCUCUCUCUCUCUUUGAGUCCUCUUUCCCUUUUGCUCCGCUUUUGAGGGGCAAAGAAAUCAUUGUUUUCCCUCGUUUUCUCCCUCAAACUCAACUCGGCCUCUUCACAUUUGACCGUCGAACUCUGUGGAGUCUUUCCUUCUUCUGUUCAUCAGCUUCCUUUCGUCUUCCUCUUGCUCGUUUUCGCUUAAAGCUCCCGCCUUUGUUUCUGGGUCGUCCUCUUUUCUGCCUGGGAAUGCCGCCGGACUACUUCCUGCGGUGGGAGAGCACCGGCGACCAGUGGUGGUACGCGUCGCCCAUCGACUGGGCGGCGGCCAACGGCCUCUACGACGUGGUCAGGGAGCUGCUCCACCUGGACUCCAACCUCCUCAUCAAGCUCACCUCCCUGCGCCGCAUCCGCCGCCUCGAGACCGUGUGGGACGACGACACGGCGGGGCAGUUCGACGACGUGGCCCGGUGCCGCGCCGCCGUGGCGCGCCGGCUCCUCCUCGACUGCGAGCCGCGGAAGGGCAAGGGCGAGAACUCGCUCGUCCGCGCCGGCUACGGCGGGUGGCUCGUGUACACGGCCGCCUCGGCGGGCGACCUCGAGUUCGUGAAGGAGCUGCUGGGGAGAGACCCUUUUCUGGUGUUUGGAGAGGGAGAGUAUGGGGUGAGUGAUGUGUUGUUUGCUGCUGCUAGGAGCAAGAAUUGUGAAGUUUUCAGGUUCUUGCUUGACUGUGCUGUUUCGCCGAGGAACGGGUUGACUGGUGGUGGUGAAGGUGAUGGGGACAGAGGUUUUCGGAGGGAGAUUAUGAACAGAGCUGUUCAUGCAGCUGAGGGGGGGAAUGUGGAGAUUCUGAGGGAGCUGCUCCAGGGUUGUUCUGAUGUUUUAGAAUACAGAGAUUUGCAGGGCUCCACUGUGUUGCAUAGUGCAUCUGGAAGAGGGCGAGUUGAGGUUGUUAAGGAUCUAAUAGCAUCCUAUGAUAUCAUUAACUCAACAGAUAAUCAUGGCAACACAGCGUUACAUGUGGCUGCUUACCGGGGUCAUUUAAGUGUAGUGGAGGUCCUCAUUCUUGCAUCUCCUCUAGCCUCGGUGACAAACAGCUAUGGCGAUACUUUCCUUCAUCUUGCUGUGGCAGGUUUCAGAAGCCCUGGAUUCCGAAGAGUUGAUUGUCAGAUCGAGCUUAUGAAGCAGUUGUUAGGUGGAAAGAUCAUAAAUAUUGAAGACAUCAUCAAUGUGAGAAACAACGAUGGAAGGACUGCCCUCCACAUGGCUGUAACUGAGAAUAUCCAGACGAGUCUCGUGGAACUGCUGCUGACUGUCCGGGCAGUCAAUUUGAAUGUCCGUGAUUCUGACGGAAUGACUCCACUAGAUCUUCUCAAGCAAUGGCCCGAAUCAACAUCUUCUGACAUUCUAAUAAAGCAGUUGAUUUCUGCCGGGGGGAUCACCAAUUGUCAAGACCGCGAAGUUAGAAACGUGCUUGCUUCUCAUCUUAGAGAGCAGGGCCUAGUGCAUAGCCCGGGAACUUCAUUCAGGAUUCCCGACGGAGAGAUUCUUUUGUAUGCUGAGGUCGAUAGUGCGUGUGGGUCCCGUCUCAAUUCAGGCCUUCUGGAGUAUGCCAGCUGCUUGAGUGAAAUGAGUGAUGGAGAUUCUGGUAACUUGUCUGAAAAUAAGAUGGCAAGUCCAAUAAAUCGUAGUGCAAGGCGCCUGAAGUUUCUCUUUGGUUGGGCUGGAAAGAAAGAAAGAAAUGCCAUUAAGGUGGAGUUUAGAGAUGACAACGACAACGAUUUUGAGUCUGUCAAAGCAGGUGGUAAUUUGAAGGAUCAUCCAAUCUCACUCAGACAACGGUAUUCGAAACAAGCAUCCCUUCCAAACAAUAAGAGGACUUACUCUUUGGGGACUGAUUUUCCAAGUCCUUCCACGAGAAAGAAGUAUACCACGGGCCUUAUGCAUGGUGUGCUUCAGGCGAAGCCACAAUUCUGGCAAGCUGAUUCCGGUCCGAGUUCUUAUUCAGGGUCAUCCGUAUCUUCACCUAUAUCAGUUGAUGGCAGACAGAAUAGUGAUGUCUUGAGAGCAUCAGGGUCAAUUGAACCCUUGAAUAACGGCAGAACCCUAGGGAGGGACCAGAUAAAGACCUCUUUCAACAGGAAGCUGAUGAAUCAGUAUUUCUGCUUUGGUGCACAGCGUCUAGCCACUGAAGAUUCCAUCGAGUCUGCCCCGGAAUAUCGAGCCUACGAGCAAGCCUUAAUGGUAUGAUCUUGAUUCCAAGGAAGAGUACAGUAUUAGUGGGUUUUCCUAGAUUAGAUAUUCUGAGAGGUCAUGAUAUAUUGUUGAUUCGUUAAAACCCUUCUUUGUGACGAUAAACAUAAAGCUGUUGGAAGUUUUUCAGCGCGCAUUAAAACACGUGGCGGUGUCCCAGUGUUGGUUGUAUAAAUAAUGUUCUGAAGAGCAAGAUUCUGAACAAGUAUGCGAAUUGUAUAUACGCGGUAGACUCUGUAUGGAUUGCAUGUUGAUGGAGAUUCCAAUGCCUUGAAGUGA